AUGCUAGGGAUCAAUGUGAUGGUGAGAUAGCUAGAAUGUUCUACACCGGUGGUCUAUCAUUUAACCUUGCAAGAAAUCCUCACUAUCGCAAAUCAUAUGUACGUGCAUCUAACAUUCCAGGAUAUGUUCCACCUGGGUAUAAUGCAUUGAGGACUACACUUCUUCAAAAGGAAAGGAAGAACAUUGAAGUUCAUUUGCAGCCUUUGAAGGACACAUGGAAGCAAAAAGGUGUUAGUAUAUGUAGUGACGGUUGGUCAGAUCCGCAAAGGAGACCCAUAUUUAACAUGAUUGCUGCAAAUGAGAGUGGUCCAAUGAUGUUAAGAGCAAUAAACAGUCAGGGUGAAAUAAAAACUGGUGAGAUGAUUGCUGAGUUGAUCAUAGAAAGCAUAAAGGAGGUUGGGCAUGAAAAUGUUGUUCAAGUAGUCACCGACAAUGCUUCCAACUGUGUAAGGGCUGGUGCACUUAUUUCAGCCAAGUAUCCUACCAUUUUUUGGACACCAUGUGUAGUUCAUACCUUGAACCUUGCUGUGAAGAACAUAUGUGCACCAUCGGAGAGAACAAGAAAUAAUGAAGAUGUGUAUGACGCUUGUAUAUGGAUAAAGUCUAUUGCUGAGGAUGUGACAUGGAUCAAGAAUUUCAUUAUGAACCAUGGAAUGAGGCUGGUGAUGUUCACAGAGCAUUGCGACCUUAAGCUCCUUACAAUUGCUUCAACCAGGUUUGCCUCAUGACUUAGAUCACACUUGUUUUGUUUAUUGUAGGAAUACAAGCUACUUACACUUCCUUUAAACAGGUUUGCCUCUACAGUUGUGAUGCUCAAGCGAUUUAAGAAAAUAAAAGUUGGUUUGCAACAAAUGGUAAUUAGUCCUAAAUGGGAUGAUUACAAAGAAGAUAAUGUAGGGACUGCAUUUGCAGUGAAGCAGAAGAUAUUGGAUGAGAUGUUUUGGGAUGAGCUUGAUUAUGUUUUAUCUUUCACUUUGCCCAUAUACAGUAUGAUUAGAGCUGCUGACACCGAUAGACCAUCUCUUCAUUUAGUUUAUGAAUGGUGGGAAAGUAUGAUUCAGAACGUGAAGAAGGCCAUAUUCCGCAAAGAAAGGAAGCAACUUCAUGAGGAGUCAACCU